CGACGAUAGAGCUUGCACAAAAUGUCGGCUAUGACGGAGGAAAUAACCGGCAACUGGCACUACUAUGUGUAUAUAUCAAUAACAUUGGUUCCAGUCUAUUUGACAUUUCAGCUCAUUAAGUUUUUGGGCUGGCAACUAUUUGUGAACAACUGAGCAAAUAGCCAACGCACAGCCAACAUCACAGACAUCAACACAGCAUCAACAACACCAACAACAACAACACCAACACCAACAACACUUAACAGUCAACAGCGAGCAGUGAGCAGCCAGCACAGCGGAGUCAUAAUCACAAUUGAAAUUGGAAUUGCAGUUGCUGAGUUUGGAGCUGAAGCCGAAGUUGGGAACUGCUGUUCUAAAAGGUGCGUAGUCACUUGAAGGCAGUCGCCGCUGUCAGUCGAAAGUCGUUGAGUGCGCGUAAAGGACCGUUGUGUAGGACUCUGAGCACUGCAGGCUCAGCCCAAUUUUGAGCUCCAGGCAGACAGUCAGCCAGGCAGUCGUUGCAUCCAUACACAAACCACGCUCACUGACAAGGACCCAUCCGGACGACACGCUGGGAAUACGAAAUAAAAAAAAAAAUAAUAAUAAUAAAAACUAAAAAUUGAAGCGAGAAG